CAGGCUGAUCAACUAACAGAAGAACAGAUUGCUGGUAAGUUAUUUGAUUCCUUGAAGUAAUAAUUGCAAUAAAACAAAGAAAAAAAUAACUUACAGGGAUGUAGAUAAUAGGCGGAAGCCGGGAAAAUUACCCGGCUGUGAACACGAUUUUUCCGGCUGUAAAGCACUACUUCUUUCUCCAAAAUGUUUUUAAAUGUUGUCAGAAGAUUGUUAUUUAUUUAUUUCGUUUGUUUACACCUUCAUUGCUGUCUUACCUGAACUGAAAGGAUUGUAAACACUCCAUUUGGUGCGACAAUUGCAUUAAUUGCAUCGCAUUGUCCAUUUUGAAGGUUUUUUGCCCUUGAUUUUGCCCCCAAAAUUAAGGAAAAUGCAUCUCUGAGAGUAUACAUUUUCAAAAUUUCCCGGGGAGGGCAUGGCCCCAGACCCUUUCCUAGGUAUAGCGUGCCAAAGGCAUGCUAGAGUGGGCCUUUGGCCCAAUUACCCGCCUAUAAUUGUUAGAUUCCUGCCUGUUAAAGACUUAAGCUACAUCCCUGAUAUUAGACAAAAUCAAGCCGUUUUUGACAUGAUGAAUUAAGUUUCACAUAUUUUCCUUGCUUUUAUUUUAUUCUUAAUCCUUAAAGUACCAUGAGUGACCAAAACAGAAUUUCUUCUUAGAAUAUCAAUACAAUACCAGGCAGACAAGUGAUGGCAAUAGAGAAAAACAUCAAUUAGGGGAUUAUUAGUUGAUCCAAUAACAAACUCUCAAAACUAACAUCAUAACAAUUGUACAGCAGACAGUAAGGAGAAUUACUACCAAAUGAGAUUGUGGGAGUGAAAGGGUUCCAUACUUUGACUUGUUGAGAAGUCUAGAUUCUUAGGUACCAGUUUCUAGCCAAAAUGUGUAGCUGAGAAAAGUGAUCAAAAUUAUUUAUUUUUGUUGACAACUUUUUGUUUUUGCAGAAUUUAAAGAAGCAUUCUCGCUCUUUGACAAGGAUGGAGAUGGUACAAUCACCACCAAAGAACUUGGAACAGUGAUGAGAUCUCUAGGACAGAACCCAACUGAAGCAGAACUUCAGGAUAUGAUCAAUGAAGUUGAUGCAGAUGGUAGGCAAAAUAUCGGCUUUUCUCAGUUUGUGUUCGAUUGCACAUGUACCUGACUCACUAACCAGCUCAAAAGUGAUGAAUAAGUUACAUGAUUCUGAGAUUUUUUAUAAAUUUGGAAUAAUAAUGUCCUGUUGGAGAAAAAUUUUGCAUCAUAGAAGACUUUAAAAAUUAAUUGCCUCUUAUUCCAUAAGUAACUAGCAUCUUAUUUCUCUUUAUAUUGUAACAGCUGAAUCACAAAGAUAGAAUUUCUCCCUACAAUAUCAAUAUAAUACUUAACAGACAAGUGAUGAGAAUAAAGAAAAAUAUGAGUUUGGGGAUUAUAAGUUGAUCCAAUACCAAAUUCUCCAAACUAACAUCACAAGAACUGUAUAGCAGACAGUAAGGAGAAUUAUGAAGGAGAUUACUGUUAAAUAGAAGGAUUUGAUUGUACAGGAGGUGUAGACGGGGGCAGGAAGGUAUACAUGGUAUGGUACACCUGCCUGUGAUUUUUUUUUUUAAAUAAUAAUUUUUUUGGCACCAUGCCAGACUUUUCUGAUGGUAUUCAGUUGUUCACUCUCUCUCUCUCUGUCUCUCUCUCUCUCUCUUCUUGGUGAACAGGUAAUGGAACAAUUGAUUUCCCAGAAUUUCUCACCAUGAUGGCAAGGAAAAUGAAGGAUACUGACAGUGAGGAGGAGAUCAAGGAAGCCUUUAGAGUGUUUGACAAAGAUGGAAACGGUUUCAUUAGUGCCGCUGAACUACGUCACGUGAUGACAAACUUGGGAGAGAAACUUACAGAUGAGGAAGUUGAUGAGAUGAUCCGAGAAGCAGAUACUGAUGGAGAUGGGCAAGUAAACUACGAAGGUGAGUGUAGUGUUUUUUUUCUAUGUGGAUGUUCAAUGUCAUUCCCUUUUUAAGAUUGUCUCUUGCAGAAGCCAAAAGAAAUUGGUUUGUGACACUGAAAAGUUGAAAUGACUGGUUCCUUUUUUUCUCUUUUGUCUUUGUAGAAUUUGUGAAGAUGAUGACAUCAAAGUAGAUCAAAACGUAAAUUGGAACAUGUGUCAACUUGCUGAAGCUUUGAUGUAAUAUACCCUUUAUUAUGAUUGCUCAGUUUGUUUUUUUUUUUUUUUUUCAAAAGAAAUAGUGACUUUCUUUCACAAUUUAGCUGGCUUUAGAACUAAGAAGUUAGAACUUACUGUAAAAAAAUGUUAAGUUAAGAUAGCUGUAGGAUAUUUUUUCUUGAAUGAAAGUUUCUGUAUUUUAACACACGCGAUAUACGCAUGGAUAUCUUUUGCGCUUCUUGGGUUACUAAAGGUUUAUGUUUGGAAGUUCAUGUGUGUGGUGUUUUUUUCUCUAGCAUUUACAAUUUAGAAAGAUUUUUGUCAAAUAAUUUGUUGAUUCCAGUGAAAUUAUUAGGUUACUAAAUCGUAUUUCUCUUCCCAGCCCUUUACAUGACUACCACCCAACUAUUUGAUGUGACGUGUGUGUCGUAGCGUGACAAUUGGCCCCGAACCUUCAUGUAUGAGGCCGAUCUUAAAAAUUUUACCAUUUAAAAUAUGAAGCUUGAAUCAUUUGAUAUUUUCCCAAAAGAGCGGCGUGGACCUACUUCACUGUUUGUCACAUUCGUCACACUCCAGACUUGCUCGUGUUAAGAGGGAUAGGGAAGUUUGUGAUUGACGUUUCGUGACCUUUGGGGUCACGCAAUCUUUUUGCACAUGACAGUCGCAUGGUAAGAACGCCGAGUUAUGAUGUUUCCCCUCAGUAGAAAGAACACUUUCUAAGCGAAAUCUGAUUUCAGUCGUCAUCAAUUCCAAAGCCUCUCUUAUGUAAUAAACCUAGAAAUGGUUAACUCGCUACAAUGGGUUCUUUUUCGACAUUAUAAGCGGUCAGAUAACAAGCGAUGUGCUCUGGAAGUAAGGCGAGGUACUUUUAAUCCUAAGAGCAGUCGUAUAUAUUCCCCAGACAAACUCGUAUAAUUUUGCCAUGACUCUUACUUCGCCAGAUGAUCAUCUCACAGUUGGAGCUUGGGCCUGUGGUCUCUCCAGCUCCGUGUUACAUAAAUAAUCUGUGAUAAAUUUUCCUGUCACACCCCCGCUUACUCCCCCCACCUCCCCCCAUACAAAGGAAUCUCCGUGAGUCAGUUAAGGUUUCAAGAAAGUAUUAUUUUACAUCCAAGUCACUUUAUCUCCCAAGCCUAGUCAAAUUCUAUAUGUUUACAGACAUUGAUGUGGUGCUCAGACGAAACUACAUGAUCUCCAGGUUCCCCGAGAAGAAGAAUCCGUCGGAUAAACCCCCUAAAGGUUUCAAAAAAAUUGACGCAGUUGACGCAGCCGACGCAGUUUUAAAAAUUCGCCGCAGUCUGCACUUGACGCACUUGACGCACUUGACGCAGGCGACGCAGUUGACGCAUUUAAUGCAUAUGAAUGAUUUAAUGACGUCAAUCAAUGCGGCUUGAAAAACAUUCAUUCCGGCUUAAUCAUUUGAGGACUUAAUUUUUUGGGCUGAAACUAAAUCCCAGCUUUAGAAUAAAUUUCUUUUAAUACUGAAUUGAUUUUAUACGCAGAUUUCGAUAAAAUCUCGCUUUUGUGGUUUUGUUAUUGGAGGAAAGAAUACUUGAUCUAUUUUCUAGAAACAGACCAGCCGCAGGCGACGCAUUUUCCGCAUCAGCAAUCCAAAUUUGGAAUGUCAGUUUCAUUUGAAUGCACCAAUCACGUGCCGUGUUUUUUUCACGCGGCUUCCGAAGAUGCUUCGAACGUUUUUACAAGCAAUAAAUUUUCAAAGUUCUAGAAAGUGGGAUUUUUGACGGAGAGCGAACAGAAAAUGGUAAGAUUUUCAUCAAUUUAUGACAUAAAAAUUAACCAACUGAUAAUAUCUAAACUUUUCUGUUAUAGGUCAGCGCAAAGAACUUUCGUUCAGUCGAAUUUUAGCUGUUAUUAUGCUCCUGAAAUCUUGUCUGCUUAAUUUCUUCCGCGAUUAGAUGUGAAUACGUUGUUUUCGUAGAUUGUUUUGAAGAUCUUACGAGUUAAAUCAGCAACUAUUUUAAUUAUAGCAGAAUGUAUAGUUUACAAAGGAUCGCCUUGUGCGUUAUCGUUGCAUGUCUUGUGUUUAGUGUCGUGACAAACCUAAUUGAGUUAGCUAAUGGAAUCCCCACAUGGUGCAGAACUUUAAGCUUAUGGUCCUGGGUUCACUGCUAAAAAAUUCGCUUUGAAUCUGUAAUUUUAAAUCAGAGUUGUGUUUGAAACCCUCUUCAUCGAUGUAAACCAUUCUGGUUAAUAUAUUAUGCAUGUUUGCUUUUGUGUAAACAUUUCUUUCCAACUUAAUUGACCUUUUUACAAAUAUACCAUUCUGUUUGUAAAACGGAAGUACUAAGAAUUAUUUCUUGCACAACUUCUGGGGAAGUCGUUUUGCAUCUUUGCUUGAAAAAGAAUAUGAAAAUUUUCACUUUUAGUUAGGGAACCAUUGAAUUAUUGAUUAAGGGAGUGAUUUCAACUGCUGUCUGCAGCUGCCCCAGUCAAAGGCAUCCUGUUUACAAAUUAUUUCCAUGUUGUAUGGUUUUCAAAGGAAGAAUUGAUCAGGGUGUUACAAACAUUGACCAAUUCUAUACCUUAAGGUCAUCUCACUUGUUGGAAGAAAAUAUGAAAAGCAUGAUUGUCCUUGCCUACAGAGGUUGCAUAGGUAUAAUAUAUGCAGUCCAACACCUGCACACAUUGGUGUGCUAAUCUUUGCAAGAGUAUUACUUCAAAACCUCAUAUGUUCACAGUAAAUUCUUGAAAUUUUGCCACUGAUUUAAGGGCUGCCAAUUUCUUCAUAUCCAGGAUCUUGGAAAACUGUUGUGUGUUUGUGCACCUUUUUUGCAUGACCAAUUUAUUUUUGCUUUAUGUAAGCAUGUAAUCUUGGUAAUGACUUACACAGAGACUACAACUAAAUUCUUAAGCUGGGAUUUUAUGGUUCUUGCAAAGGACUGGUGCAAGACCUUAGUCUUAAAACUUGUGGCAUCCUUUAAGAAACCUUGGAGGGAAUUGGUUAAGUUCAAAUGCUCACAGACUUUCCUUCAUCCGAGGGGAACCAAAAUGUACAAAGAAUAUAAAAAUAUAUAGCUGUAGCAGUCAUUCAGAAUAAGUACACAUAUUGUGUUUUAAAGCAAACCCAAAAUUAAGAAUUGUAAUCAGCUUCUUGAUAAACUUUUUUGUCAAUGAAAAAGAAUUAUUGGACUGCGAUGUUAGUUUUUGAGGACAGAAUUUUUCAGCUGUCAAGGAUUUGUACAAUGCAUGAUAUUUCUGACAGAUACUGAUGUGAUCAAAUCCAAUUUUUUGCAUACUCUCCUCUUAAGCAGUGACAGAUCUGGCAAUAACUUUUUCUGUUUUUAUCUCAUUAGAACUAAUAUUUGUUUGUUUUUCAGGCUGAUCAACUUACAGAAGAACAGAUUGCUGGUAAGUGAAGACUAUUUUUUCUAGCAUUUUUGGUGUUUACUCUUUCUUAAAGGUGGAGAGAAAGAUGUUUAAGUUUUAAGAGUUUCCUGUGAUCUAUUGUGCAUUUUGCAAUAUCACAUGGGAUAAGUGCUCACUUAGAUGGUUCAGGGCCAAAAUCAAACGUUUGCAAAUACAUGGCAAAUAAUAAAAAACCAAACUGAGGGGAAAAAAUAUAUAAGAAAUUGAAGAAAGUGAUAAUUACUAGUUUUGGCUGUUAGGUUUCACUUACAUGGUACUUCCACUAUUUCAGAACUCUCUGUAAUUGGUAGUUCUGUAUUAUCUCCUUUGAAUUCCAGUUGGCUUGUCAUCAUUUGCACCAUACACAAAUUCAAAAGAAUUAAUCCAAUGGAUCCUAAGGUGUAAUAUGAGCUCUGUUCAACUAAGCAAAUUAUCAUACCCAUAACUUGUUUCUGCCUUAUCUUCAGAAUUCAAAGAAGCGUUCUCGCUCUUUGACAAGGAUGGAGAUGGUACAAUCACCACUAAGGAACUUGGAACAGUGAUGAGAUCUCUAGGACAGAAUCCAACUGAAGCAGAACUUCAGGAUAUGAUCAAUGAAGUUGAUGCAGAUGGUAUGUAAUGAUUAACCUGGAAAAUUUCCUUGGCAAGAAUGCAGCUUUGAAUUAGGCACAGAAUAAAUGAACAGCAAAAAGUACAAUGACUCUUUAUAUUGGAUCAAAAACUGUAGUUUCAAAAUUAAGGAUUGGUGAAAGCUUGGUAUACAUGUUCUGCGACGAAAUGUGCAUUGGCCAGUGCCUGAUGUGAGAUGCUGGAAAUAUGUGUUAUUUCUAAGAGUGAAACAAGUUAAUAGCUAGACUUUUAAGAUCUAAUUACUAAUUCUAUACAAUUCUUGUGAUGUUGGUUCAGAGAAUUUAGUAUUGGAUCAACUGAUAAUCCCCUAAGUGAUUCUUUUCUCCAUUCUUAUCACUUGUCUGUUUAAGAUAAUAUUGAUACUGAAAGGAGAAAUUCUCUCUUGGUCACUCAAGAGAGUGAGAGGAUUUAAUACAAUUCUGAUCUCUAAUGAAACUACAGCUAGUGAUGACAUGCUGGCACAUAGUUGAACAUCACUUUUGCAAUGGGUGAUAGAUUCCAUUUUAUUUAUCAUUUGGUUGAUUUCCAGGUCAUGGAAUUGACCAAGAAUUUAUAUUUUUUUGAAACAGGUAAUGGAACAAUUGAUUUCCCUGAAUUUCUCACCAUGAUGGCAAGGAAAAUGAAGGAUACUGACAGUGAGGAAGAAAUCAGAGAAGCUUUCCGAGUGUUUGACAAAGAUGGAAAUGGUUUCAUUAGUGCUGCUGAGUUGCGACAUGUGAUGACAAACCUGGGAGAGAAACUUACAGACGAGGAAGUUGAUGAGAUGAUCCGAGAAGCAGACAUUGAUGGAGAUGGGCAAGUCAAUUAUGAAGGUAACCCUUACUCUGCAGAGUGCAGUUGUUAUAAAGAGAUAUUUGUAAUACCUCUCUUCAACCAUGUGGCUGCAGUUCAAUUGAACCAGCUCUUCUGAAAUCAUGGUUAGUUAGAUCCUUUGUGCCUUGAGAGUGACUAACAUUUAGUAUUUCCUCACAGUAUCACCCCUGAAUCACACAUUGUCACAAGAAUAAAGGAAAUGAUCAUCAACUAAACAAGCUGUUGAUUUAUGUCAAUAAAUACAGAAUACAGUGUGUAUGCAGGGUGUAAAGGUUUAUGUGGUCAACUGAUGGAUGCUCUUAAUUGGCAGAUCAGCCAAAUUGUUGUUUCAUUCUCUGUAGCCAUGAAUAUGCAGUAACAAUUAUGUUUUCUUAGCAAAUGGCAGCAGUGUUAACUUUUUUUUUCUCUAUACAGAAUUUGUCAAGAUGAUGACAUCUAAGUAA